AUGACCGCGCUCGCUGCUCCCAUUGUCUGCGCCCGGCUGUUUGUGCGCAGAGCUCUCGGGUGCUCCAUGCGCUCUCACUUGCCUCUUUUUGCUUAUGGCUUCCAUUGGUGUGUGGACAGCCAUGCAGUGUCUGAGGUAUCUGCUUGGCAGCCCUGCAGGCUGGGAAGUGAUGCCUGUGAGGCUGCAAUGCCCACUGCUGAUGGAAGGAGCACAGAGUGCUCCCUGGCAGAUGGCAGAGGAACCUCACAGGAGCUGGCUGUGGUCCAGAUCACCACCCUCAUGGAGAAGCUGCUGUCCGCUGCCGUAGCCGAUACAGAUUGCAGUGUCCACGAAGUGUUUGCAAAACCACCUCCAACGAGCCCGGGCGCAGCGGCCGCUCUUACGCAACCCGCGGCUGCCCUGCUGGGCGGCUCUGCGGUGCGCGGCUCGGCGCCGAGCGGCGACAGCCCUGAGCGCUGCCUCGGCACUUCGCUGCUAACCACAGCACCGCCCGCACCGCUCCAGCACGCCGGAAUUAACACAAUUCGUUCGCCGGCAGUUCUGGCCGUGAAGAAAGGGUGCAUUCCCGCGGAGACCUGGCGCUGCGCAGGGCGCUGGGGCCUCCCUCCGCCGAGCGACAGGGACGCUGCAGGUUCCGUCCCCUGCCGAGCCGGCAGAAGCGCUCAGGAGAGGCGGGAGGAGCUCUGGGACCCUGCGCUGCGCCCAGCGCCCCGCGCCAUCCCGGCGAGCACCUCCGCAGGGCUCCCCGCCCUCCCCGCCGCUCGGCCCCAGCGCUGCCCGCUCUGCUCCGCUCCGCUCCGCUCCUCUCCCGGCCGCCUCCCUCCGCAGGGAGAGCGGCCCGCCCGCCUGCCCGGCCCCCCCGGCCCCGCGUCCCGCAGCCGCCCCCCCGCGGGGUCACCCGGGGACAGCGCCCGCCUCCCGCCGCAGGAAGCGCCGCAGCCGCCCCGGCGCCUCCCGCUCGGCGCUCGCCUGUGGCAGGUGAGACUCGCCGCGUCCCUCCCCGCUCCCCCGGGGGCCGCCCCGCACGCUCUCCCUGCCGGCCGAAGGGACGGGGCCGGGGGGAGCUGCCCCGGGCCGGCGUGUGGGGCGGGAAGCCCGAGCGGGGGUUCCGCAGGCGGGCCGGGCGGGGGUCCGGGCGGCGCUCCGCUGCCGGCGCUGGGCCGGGGCGGCCGCGCACGGCGGGGAUGGAGCGGCGCCGGGCGGGAGCGGCGCCGCCGGCCGCCCCCGCAACCCGGGCCCGGCCUGCCGCCGGGGCGGAGAGGCCCCGGUGUGCCGCCGCCCGGGCAAUGCCGCUCCCUCCUCUUCCCAGACCUGCCGGGGCUCCCCUGA